CGGCCAGCAGCAGCGCUGGAGGCAUUCCGGGAAAGGCUCGCGUCCGGGGCGUUUCUCUCUUGGACUAUCAACACCCUGGGCCGUGACGCCACGGCCCCACCGCGGCGUGGUGCACGUGUCGCAACCCUUGCGCCAGUCCCCUCCUGGACGAGCAGCCCCGUGACGCCGCUCACUAAAGCGAUCCACCCGCGCUGUGCGCCGACUUCGCCGCCGGAGUUUCCGUCAUCCUCGUCCCUUCGCGUGAGAGAGCUUCCGAUGCAGGCUCGGCUCUCCGGGGUUCGAGCCGACGGAUAGAUCCCCUCGACGGGGGUCCCUCCUCCCUCCGUCUGGGUCCGCGUGGGGCCCCGCGCCUCGUUGGAGCCAUGGGUCGGCCGCGAUGCCAGGACCACGAGUUCGCCAGGGACAGCAUCGUCUGCGUCUCGUGCAGCAGCGCGGUGCCACUCGCGCCCGGGUUCGGCUACACGAAACACUGCGGACACGCCUCUCCCGAGGGCGAAGGGGGUCCCCCUACGAAGCGUUGCGGCCCGGGGGAGUUCACGGGGGGGCUGGGGCUGUGCGAGCCGUGCUCGCGCUGCGGGGGCCCCGAGCGAGUCGCCGAGCCCUGCAGCCCCGCCAGGAACACGCGGUGCUGCCCCGAGGGGCAGGAGGUGCACGACGGCUCGUGCCGCGGUAGGUGCUGCGAUUGCUCCCUGAUCCGGGGGGCCGAGGGGGGCGCGGGGCGAGACCCCGAGUGCGUGAAGAGGGAGCGCUCCCCGAUCCACUGCCGCUACAGCAAGGCGGCCACGUGCCGAGGGUUGCCCGACACCGCCAGGCGCCCCGUGACCCCCAGGGUCCUCACGCUUGGUCGCAUCACGCGGAGAAUCGAAGUCCCCCCUCCUCUUCCACCUCCAUCUCCACCCAGCUCGGGUCUUCAGGGAGCAGCAGCAGCAGGUGGCUCCGAGGCGAUGCUCCUCUUCUUCGCGAGUCUGGCUCUCUCGUCAAUGCUCUUCAUGCUGCUCGUGCUGCUCGUGACGCGCGGCCCUCGCUGCUGGAGGGGCCGCCCGCCCAACGGGGCCCGUGGGGCCCAGGACACCCGGGGGCAGGGAUCCCUGGAAUUGCAGGGAGGGGACCUGAAACCCCAACAGGGGGAAGCGUCUGCAGGGGACCAGAGCCCCAUGCUGGACACCCAAACCCCGCCGCUCCGAGAAGUGCCGCCUCCUCAGCGGACCCGGGAACAGGAGCUGACAGAGCGAAUACACGCCUCCCCGUGGUUCUCUCUCCCGCUGGAGCGCCUGCUGGACGCGCUGGACGUGUGCGACCGCCUCUCCCAGCUGCUGGACCCGGAGCUGCCCCCGCUCGCCUCCGCGCGCCACCUCGCCUCGCGCUGCGGCCUCGAGCGCCACGAGGUCGCCGCGCUGGCGGCGCGCGGCGUCAGCCUCACCCGGGCCGCGCUCGAGGUGACGGCGGCCCGCGACCCCGGGGUCACCGUGGGCAGCCUCCUCGAGUCCCUGCUCCGCAUGGAGCGGGCGGACGCCCUGCAGGCCGUGUUGGGCACCGAGCCACCGCCGCGCCACGGUGCCGGCUUGGGAUUCGGCGCGGAUUUGAGCACCGCCGCCAACACCGGCAGCGGCGACACCGGGACUGGCGGCACCAGCGGCGGCGGCGGCACACAAUGCGGGUGUAGUGGCCACGUGAACGGGAGCGCGUACAGCAGUGGCUAUGCACGCGCCAAGGGGAGCGUGACGAGCGGGGCGGCGCACACCAUGAACGGGAGAGCGGCGCUCCCCGAUGAGACGACUCGCCCCUCGAAUGGAUGCGCGGCGCACACGUGCGCGUGACCCGGCGCACACGUGCGCGUGACCCGGCGCACACGUGCGCUUGACCCGGCACACACGUGCGCUUGACCCGGCACACACGUGCGCGUGACCCGGCGCACACGUGCGCUUGACCUGGCACACACGUGCGCGUGACCCGGCGCGGUGCUGACAGCAGUGAAGUCGUCGCGCAUAGUGAGCACGAGGUGCAGACUGGCGCCCGCAUCGAGAGAAGGCCCCUGCUGCUGCUGCUGCAGCUCGACAAGAUGAGCCUCGUGUGGUGAGCAGCAGGAGACCUCUCACCCCACGCACUCACCCCACGUACUCACCCCACGCACUCACCCCACACACUCACCCCACACACUCACCCCACCCACUCACCCCACGCACCCUGCUGACACACUUGGCGCGUCUCCCCAUCAUCGCUCCGAACACCGCUUGACGUCGUCUCGUGUUUGGCUGUGUCGGGUGGUGGAGGGUUCUUAGCGGCAGAGGUGGGACAAAGUCAUUGUUAUGCAAGUCCAAGUCGAGUCUGAAGUCAUCAAAUUCAUGACUCGAGUCUGACUCGAGUCCAAGUCACAUGACUCGAGUCCACACCUCAGAGGUGGGACAAAGUCAUUGUUAUGCAAGUCCAAGUCGAGUCUGAAGUCAUCAAAUUCAUGACUCGAGUCUGACUCGAGUCCAAGUCACAUGACUCGAGUCCACACCUCUGCUUAGCGGUAUGCACGGCUUUGGCCAGAUCGUUCCGUCCUGGCCACUCUCCCCCCAAUAAAAAAACUAUCAAUCGUUAUGAAGUUGUAAAUAUACUUACUUUUGAAGGGGGGGGGGGGGGGUUAGGUGACUGUUGGUACGUUAAUGCGGCCCAAAUGGAUACGCGGAAAUCCCCCCGCCACCCACGAUAUAUUGUGUUCAAUAUUAUCUCGACGUUGGCAAUAAAGGUCAGCGACAAGCAGAAGACAUUCUCGUGUUUUUAAUCAUUGUACGUUGCCUGCAAUGACGCACAGCAAAGACAACGCGAACGCUCAAACUACAACUCGAACUGACAAGUGCGCAAAUAAGUUAUGGAUGCGUGGUGCACGCGUGGCCUCACACCGAGAGACAGGAAGAGGAGGCACGUGGAGUAGAGAGCUCACGAGGAGGAGACGUCGCGCUGACCGUGACGGACA